CUACAGAUAAACCCACCAACAUUAAGAGCUUAUAGCGGUACAGUUACUGUUACCUGUCAAGUGUUUGCUAUGUGCGUCAUCCUUUUGCUGGUCUGUCUGGUGGGCGUUGGUCAGUCGGCUACCCCUGCCCCACCCAAACCGUGCUGCACGGACCGGGAGUUCAAGGUCACGCUUGGAGAGGCGGGAGGGGCAAUGUAUAAAGUGAAUGGACACUAUGUUCAGAACUUCAUACAGGGUUACAACGUCGUCUACUACGACUCCUACAACGAGAUGAUGGCCGUUGAAGCUGUUAUCUUCUCGAAUGGAACAAAAAUCACCAGCCACCUCGUCCAAGACUAUCCAAAGAAAUCCCAGUAUCUUAUCACCAAAGACGGCACGUGUACCCGCUACGCCAUGACACGGACAUUCCGGAAACCGUGCAUACCCGAUGACUCCGAGUUCGACGGCUACUCCUACAUGGGCUACGGGACGGAGGAGCUGCCCCUGGUCAGCUGGAGGUACCGGCAACCCGGGACCGACCACAUCAUCAAGCUGACUGUCACCAAGGAAGGCUGUGUCCCUAUCAUCGAGAAUAUAUUCGGACACUACCAGAUCACGAACAUCAGUGAACCUGUCGUUGCCAAUACCAUGUUCCUAAUGGUGGGAUUCCAACCUUCCAUCGGUAACCGUGACGCUUUCAAAAUCCCCUCCGGGUGUACCAGCUCCACUGACACGAUUCCACAACCUGUUGGUCGCUCUCUUCGUGGUGUUCACGCUCUGUUCGCCAACUAAAUCCGUCGGCUUGUACCUUUACAUAAAGCGCUCUGAAGUAA